AUGCAAACAGGAGUCAGCUUUUUCGACAAAAACGCUCCGAAAGUCGCCAUUCGUAGUCUCUUUGACAAAUACGAUGCGAACAGCAAUGGGAAGCUUGAAGAACAGGAAAUGCAGUUCCUACUGGAGGGAGACCUAGGCUUCAGUCAGGAACAAUCCUGGGCCUAUUUUCUACUGUUGGACAAAAAUGGGGAUCAUAAUAUCUCCUUUGAAGAAUUCCACGACUGGCUUCGCAGCGGGGAACGCUUCGAAAUUUUGAACGACAAAGGCAAGUAUCACUCCCUCUCGGAAGCACUUAAUUACUUCAAAAGUUUUGACUCUGACAACAGCGACACCCUUGACCGAGUCCAGUUCGAAAAGAUGAUGAAGUUCUUUGGCUAUGAAAGUAUAAACAUGGAGAAGGCGUUUGCGGAGAUCGAUAAAGACGGAAAUGGAGCAGUUUCUUUUUGGGAGUUCAUGGUUUGGUUAAAAUGGGUACCAGUUCUCAACUAG